AUGUCUUUUAAAACUGUUGAAGAAUCCGUAGCCGUUUUUGAGAGCGCACUGCCACAGCAGGGUUGCCGAGAUCCUGGUUCGAACCUCGCGCAACCACCGAUAUGUGGUGAUCAGGUAUCGCAUUUCUUUGACAAUGAUCUGAAUAAUUCAAAUCACUCAUCAUACAGUAAUUUUCUCGACAAUGACCUCGAUGAUUUGAUACUCUUCCCCAAUGACGAAUUCCCAAGUUACGAUCUCGAGUUCGAUUACGAUUUGUUUGCAUAUCAAGAUGGGAUGGGCGAACUUGCAUCCAAACCCACAGCGGGGUCAUCCAAUAACCAAAAUCCCUUGCAAUGUCAGACCACAUCUCAAAGAUUGGAUAAUUCUCAGCCAACUAAUGAUCACCAGGAUCUAUCGAUUGCUGAAGUAAGAGACCGCUCUUUUCAUUUUCCUAGCCAAGCGGAAUAUACUCAAUCUGAAAUGUCAGAACCGGCCCAAACGCCGAUAAAUUCACAACAUAUACAAACAUUAUCGAAAGCUGGAACAAUCUCUGGAUCAGAUCUUUAUUAUCAUGGCCUUGAAACGCACGGUAAAUCACGACAAUGUCUAUUCUUCGAAUAUAAGGCUCUUGAGAACAACUUGGAAGGGUCCGUAGAAAUCCAUAGGCAGAUACUUCCCCCUCGACGAUCGACUAGGAACAAGGGAAUCUGUUCAACGGGAGGGGCUGGGAACCUUGCUCUCCCUCAUCAAACAACAAAUGUUCUAGAAUCAAUGGUUCAAUAUUCCAGUCGACGCCUAGCUGAUUGUCCCGCGAGUCGCAAUUCCUCAAUUUCUGCUGGUGUCGAAUUUACCAGUAACGAUUUCAAACCCCUGAACCGAUCGUUUGUCGCCUCAGAAAUCAGAAAAGCGAUACAGGAUAUCUAUCGCGAUGCUGGCUUCAGGGGGGAGACUACGAAAACGGAAAGCUUGGUUGGAGAAUCUAUACUGGAGAUUGUUCGAGACGGAGACAUACCUUGGGAGAAUAUGAAGCCUAUGAAAAUUGCGGAAUCAGUCUAUAAGAUUUACUCCGAAGCAGGAUACGAUCAGCUUAUACCGCAGAAUAUUUCCUCUAGAAGACACGCAUUCUCUGAAUCGACACCACGAACAAACAGAAACCCCUCAGUCUUUUCACUUUCAUCUAAGCGUCCUAGCGACUGUGAAGGUUCCACCAGUGUCGCUUCCUCUUUCAGUAAGCGGCUCAAAGUCUCCUCGGACGAAUACAAUUGUUACUACGCCAAUUGUAAUGCAAGCGUGGGACUCAAAGGGAUUGGACCCCACAACAAAAGCCAUAAUCCUUAUGAAUUUUUUGCUUGCAUUGUGCUUGGUUGCUCGAAAAUAUUCCCGAGAAAGGAGACUAUGAACAGUCACCUGAAGACCAAAUCUCACGAAGGCUAUCUUAAAGGUCUUUCGGAGGCUGAAAAGAACAGUAUAUCAGAACGGAUCAAGGAGAAUAAUUUCAUAAUCACAGAUAGGACCCAUGACCACUGCUCUCUCUGUGACACAAAGCUUCCUCGAGGUUCUUGGAAGAAAUGUUGGGAGAGCCACGUCCACAUCUUAAAACAUUUGAGAACUUCUACCCCCUUGGUCUUCCAGCACUUAUGCUCGGACAAGGAUAAGUGUGGAACGAAAGAUCAUUGGAAGACUAGCACCUGCAUCCAACCAGAGAAUCGAAAGCAGGUUCCAGAUAGCGAUUACGACGACUCUGAUUGCAAAGUACAAUCAGAGAUUGAUGAGGACCACCUUAGUUGUCCAGACAACGGAAAUAACACAGAGCCACAAGAGAGACCCAAUACAAAUCGUUAUGCCCAAGGGCCUAGCACUCAAGACUAUCGCGGGAGUAACGAGAGCUUUAGUGGUGAUAGUUAUCCAAGAAAUCGGGACCCAUCCGAAUACAUAAGUCCAUACCACAACAAGAAGCCUCAAAUGUUUCAGCUUAUGUCUGAUAGACUGAUUCAUUCGUAG